AUGCAUUGUGAAGUUAAUGUGGAACAUGGGAGAUUGCAAGGUAGAGAAUGUAAAACGCACGAUGGGUUCAAAUAUUACAGUUUCGAGGGUAUACCUUACGCCAAGCCACCUGUCGGAGAACUUAGAUUUAGGGCACCUCAGGGACUUGAAAAAUGGUCUGGAAUAAGAGAUGCAACGAAACCAGGCAAUAAAUGUGCUCAAAUCAACCCAUUUAGUAAAGGAGUGUUUGAAGGGUCCGAAGAUUGUCUAUAUUUAAACGUUUAUACCCCAGUGUUGCCAUCUGAAGAAUUAAAAAAAUUACCAGUCAUAUUCUUUAUUCAUGGCGGCCGUUUGACUGUAGGCUAUGGGGACUAUUAUAGUCCAGAUUUCUAUAUACGGCAUGAUACUAUUUUGGUGACGAUAAAUUAUAGAUUAAAUAUAUUAGGAUUUUUGUGUCUGGACACACCAGAAGUCCCAGGGAAUGCGGGUUUGAAAGAUAUAGUAAUGGCGUUAAAGUGGGUGAAGAAAAAUAUAGUAUAUUUUAAUGGCGAUGAUAAUAAUAUUACUGUGCAAGGGGAAAGUGCGGGUGCGGCAGUCGCCAUGUCGUUUUUGACAAGCAAAAUGACAGACGGCUUGUUUGACAAAGUUAUUUGUCAAUCUGGAACGUCAUUGGCGGAGUUAUAUAUCGUGGAAGAGGACGUAACAGAGCGUGCUAGGAAUAUUGCACAGUUUUUAAAUAAAGAUACGCGAGAUAAGAAAGAAUUGUUCGAGCUAUUUUCAAACGCGUCAGUCAAGGACUUAGUUCAUGCGUUCACUUCGGCAGAAUUUACCCGACCACCUUCUGUUAUUAAUGCUGGUUUAUUGGCAGUAAUAGAAAAGCAGUUUGAUAAUGUUGAAAGAUUUUUAGAUAAAUCCCCAAUAACGACUCUGAGAGAAAAUCGCCAUAAGAAAGUGCCACUUAUCCUAACUCUUAAUUCAGAUGAAGGAGCAUUAUUCCUGCGUAAAGAUCAACAAGGCAACAUUAUGUACGAAGAAAAUCUACAAUAUUUCAUCCCCAGAUACUUGUAUAUAGAAUACGAUACGCCAAAAGCUUUGAAGUUUGUGGAUUCUAUACGAAAAUUCUACUUCGAUGGUCGAAAAGUCGACGAUUCUCUACGAAGUCAGUACGUAAAUCUCGUCAGUGACCAUUACUUUGUCCGAGACGUAAUUUUCACCAUUGAAUUGCUUUCGAAAUUCCAAAAUAAUAUAUAUUUAUGUAGAUUUGGCUAUAAUGGUAAUAUGAAUACGAGGGUGAUGAAAAGUUUAGGUUUUAAAAGAGCAACUCAUGGCGAUCUCGUACAGUACUUAUUUUAUAGAGAAAAUAAAGCGAAGAUGGCAAGUGACAAAGAUCGGAUAGUGGUAGAAACGUUGGUUGACGCUUGGUGCAAUUUUGCUAAGAACGGAAAUCCAUCUCCAAAACAUAUAGACUGGCAACCCUACAAUACUGAGACUAAGUUAUGCUUAAACAUUGAAGAAGAUAUCAAAGUUGAACCGUUUCCUAACUUUGAAAGAGUCAAAUUCUGGUUGGAACUUAUUAAAGAGCGGUCGAAAUUG